UUCGUUGGCCUUGUGGCCCGGACAACUACAAAGUGCAAAACCUUACAAAGCGACAUAGACAAAGGAAAGCAAAUAGAUCGCCCUCAGGCGACCAAUUCAAUUCCAAAAAAAAAAACGAAACCCAAACAGGCAGCUUUCCUCCACGAAUGACAAAUCUGAUCUGAUCUGAUCUCGAAAUGUCGUCGACGUCGUCGUCGUCGUCGAUGUUUGUGGAACUGGAAGACUUCGGUCAGACGGUAGACCUGACUCGGCGGAUCCGUGAGGUUUUGUUGAACUACCCGGAGGGUACGACGGUGCUAAAGGAGCUCAUUCAGAACGCCGACGAUGCAGGCGCCACCACCGUCCGACUCUGCCUGGACCGCCGUGUCCACCCUUCCCAGUCCCUCUUGUCCGACUCCCUCGCCCAGUGGCAAGGCCCCUCACUCUUGGCCUUCAACGACGCCGUUUUCACCGAGGACGAUUUUCGUAGCAUUUCCAGGAUCGGUGGGAGUGGUAAGCACGCCCAGCCCUGGAAGACCGGCCGAUUCGGGGUUGGCUUCAACUCGGUGUAUCAUUUAACUGAUCUGCCUUCGUUUGUCAGUGGCAAGUAUGUGGUAUUAUUUGAUCCUCAGGGUUUUUACCUUCCUAAGGUUUCUGCAGCCAAUCCCGGAAAGCGAAUUGACUAUGUUAGUUCUUCAGCCAUAUCACUGUAUAAAGACCAAUUCUUUCCAUAUUGUGCUUUUGGUUGUGACAUGAAAAUGCCUUUUGCUGGAACUUUAUUCCGUUUCCCUUUGAGGAAUGUAGAUCAAGCAGUCAGAAGUAAGCUCUCGAGGCAAGCAUACUCAGAAGAUGAUAUCUCUUCCAUGUUUGUUCAGCUGUAUGAGGAAGGAGUGUUCACACUACUCUUUCUCAAAAGUGUUAUGUGCAUUGAAAUGUAUGUGUGGGAUGUUGGAGAACCUGAGCCAAGGAUGCUUUAUUUGUGCUCAGUGAGUUCUGCAAACAAUGAUACUGUUUGGCAUCGGCAGGCAUUACUGAGGUUAUCAAAGUCAGUUAAUUCUACCAAUGGUGAGAUGGAUGCCUUUUCAUUGGACUUCUUGAGUGAAGCUACAAUUGGAACCCAAUGUGAGAAGAGGAUGGAUAGUUUUUAUAUAGUGCAAACGAUGGCUUCAGCAUCUAGUAGAAUUGGUUCUUUUUCUUCUACUGCAUCGAAAGAAUAUGAUAUUCACUUGCUGCCAUGGGCAUCAGUUGCAGUAUGCACAUCAGAUGAUUCAUUGAAUAGUAAUGUUCUAAAGCGUGGCCAGGCAUUCUGUUUCCUUCCACUACCUGUAAGAACUGGAUUGACUGUCCAAAUUAAUGGGUACUUUGAGCUCUCAUCUAACCGUCGUGGCAUUUGGUAUGGGGCUGACAUGGACAGAAGUGGGAAAAUCCGUUCUAUCUGGAAUAGGCUUCUUUUAGAAGAUGUUGUGGCCCCCACUUUCACACAAUUGCUGCUUGGUGUGCGAGGGUUGCUAGGUCCAACAAAUUUGUACUAUUCUUUAUGGCCCAAUGGUUCUUUUGAAGAGCCAUGGAAUGUUUUGGUCAAGCAGAUAUACAGAAACAUUCGUAAUGCUCCUGUUUUGUAUUCUGAACUUGAAGGUGGAAAGUGGGUUUCACCGGAUGAAGCUUUUCUAUAUGACGAUGAAUUUAGUAAAAGUAAGGAACUCAGUGAGGCCCUGGUGCAGCUAGGAAUGCCUAUUGUUCAUUUACCCAAUAUUUUAUUUAAUAUGCUUCUCAAAGAUGCUUCUGAUUUUAAGCAGAAAGUGAUCACUCCUGACGUGGUACGCCAUUUUCUUAGGGGAUGCAAAACUCUUGUUUCUUUAGGCAAACCUUACAAGCUUGUACUCUUGGAAUAUUGUCUUGAAGACAUAGUAGAUGAUGAAGUUGUUACAUAUGCAUAUAACCUACCAUUACUUCCUUUGGCAAAUGGUGAUUUUGGAUUAUUGUUGGAAGCUUCAAAAGGAAUUUCUUAUUUUGUUUGCAGUGAGUUAGAGUACAUGUUACUUCAGCAAAUUUCUGAUAGAGUAAUUGAUCAGAAUAUUCCUCUCAAUAUACUGAAUAGACUUUCUGGUGUUGCACGGUCAUCAAGGUCAAAUCUUGUUUUUUUCAGUGUUAAUUAUUUCCUUCAGUUAUUCCCUAAGUUUGUACCUGCUGACUGGAAAUAUAAAAGUAAAGUGUUAUGGGACCCAGAUUCUUGUUGUAAUCAUCCAACUUCAUCAUGGUUUGUGUUAUUUUGGCAAUAUCUUCAGAAUCAGUGUGAGAACUUAUUGUUGUUUGGUGAUUGGCCUAUCUUGCCAUCCACAUCUGGGCACCUGUACAGAAUUUCUAGACAAUCGAAACUGAUCAAUGCAGUAAAACUUUCCAUUGAGAUGCAAGACAUACUUGUUAUGAUUGGAUGUAAGAUACUAAGCCAGAAUUAUGGAGUUGAACACCCGGAUUUAUGUCACUAUGUAUGUGAUGGUGAUGCUGCAGGUGUUUUGGAAUCCAUAUUUGAUAUUGUCUCUUCAGAGGUUGGCAGCAUAGUGCAAACUAUUCAUAUUCUGGGAGUAAAAGAGAGGGAUGAACUUCGUGGAUUUCUUCUUGAUCCAAAAUGGUAUGUUGGAGAAUGCAUGGAUGAUUCCAACAUAAAAAAUUGCAAGAAGCUUCCUAUUUAUAGAGUCUAUGGUAGAGGAUCUGCUCAAGAUUUCCAAUUUUCUGAUCUAGAAAAUCCUCAAAAAUAUUUACCACCAUUAGAUGUCCCUGAAUACUUUUUGGGAGGUGAGUUCAUUGUUGGCUCUUCAACUGGUGAAGAAGAGAUUCUGUUGAGGUAUUAUGGAGUUGAGAGAAUGGGGAAGGCGUAUUUCUAUAGACAACAGGUGUUCAAUAGAGUCAGGGAGUUGCAGCCUGACAUUCGUGACAGCAUCAUGCUCUCUGUUUUGCAAAACCUACCACAGUUGUGUGUUGAGGACUCAUCUCUUAGGGAAUGCUUGAGAAGUUUGGAAUUUGUCCCAACCUGUAGAGGUGCUCUAAGGUGUCCUGAUGUGCUGUAUGAUCCUCGUAAUGACGAAUUAUAUGCAUUACUUGAAGACUCUGAUAGUUUCCCUUAUGGUCCUUUCCAAGAAUCUGGCAUUUUGGACAUGCUACUAGGUUUGGGCCUUAGAACAUCUGUAUCUCCCGAGACAGUUAUACAAAGUGCUAGACAGGUAGAACGAUUAAUGCAUGAAGAUCAGCAAAAGGCACAUUCAAGAGGCAAAGUACUCCUCUCCUACUUAGAAGCUAAUGCUAUGAAGUGGCUACCCAGUUCAGCAAAUGAUGAUCAGGGAACAGUGAACAGAAUGUUCUCACGAGCUGCAACUGCAUUCAGACCUCGCAACUUUAAAUCUGACCUUGAAAAGUUCUGGAGUGAUCUGCGGAUGAUCUGCUGGUGCCCAGUUUUAGUUUUUGCGCCUUUUCAAGCGUUGCCAUGGCCUGUUGUGUCAGCCAUGGUUGCUCCCCCCAAGCUUGUAAGAUUGCAAACAGACUUGUGGAUUGUUUCUGCUAGCAUGCGAAUACUGGAUGGAGAAUGCUCUUCCACAGCACUAUCGUAUAGCCUUGGAUGGUCUUCUCCACCAGGUGGAAGUGUGAUUGCUGCACAACUACUUGAGCUUGGAAAAAAUAAUGAGUUGGUGAAAGAUCAGGUUCUUAGGCAGGAAUUAGCCAUGGCAAUGCCAAGAAUAUACUCAAUAUUGACAAGCUUGAUUGGCUCAGAUGAGAUGGACAUUGUAAAGGCUGUUCUUGAAGGUUGUCGUUGGAUAUGGGUGGGAGAUGGAUUUGCAACAAUGGACGAGGUAGUCCUGGAUGGCCCACUUCAUUUGGCUCCAUAUAUACGUGUUAUUCCUGUUGAUUUAGCAGUUUUCAGGAAUUUAUUUUUAGAACUUGGCAUUCGAGAACUGUUGAAGCCCAGUGAUUAUGCUAAUAUCCUGUUUAGAAUGGCAGUGAAAAAGGGUUCCACUCCUCUUGAUCCACCAGAAAUCAGAGCAGCCAUACUGAUUGUGCAGCAUCUAUCUGAAACUCAUUUCCGUGACCAGCAAGUUAAGGUCUAUUUACCUGAUGUUUCAGGCAGACUAUUUCCUGCCAGUGACUUGGUUUAUAAUGAUGCCCCCUGGUUGCUUGACUCAGAAGAUCCUGAUAGCUCAUUUCACGGUGUGUCAAAUUUGACAUUAAAUGCAAAGAGAACAGUUCAAAAAUUUGUUCAUGGGAACAUAUCCAAUGAUGUUGCUGAGAAACUUGGUGUCUGCUCCCUUCGUAGAACCUUGCUAGCUGAAAGUGCUGAUUCAAUGAAUCUGAGUUUGUCUGGAGCUGCAGAAGCUUUUGGACAACAUGAAGCUUUGACGACUAGGCUUAAACAUAUACUUGAAAUGUAUGCAGAUGGACCUGGGAUUCUAUUUGAGCUGUUGCAAAAUGCGGAGGAUGCAGCGGCUUCUGAGGUGAUCUUUCUCUUGGAUAAAACUCAAUAUGGAACUUCUUCUGUUCUCUCUCCUGAAAUGGCAGAUUGGCAAGGCCCUGCAUUGUACUGUUUUAAUGACUCUGUUUUCAGUCCGCAAGAUCUUUAUGCAAUCUCACGCAUUGGUCAGGAAAGUAAACUAGAGAAUCCUUUUGCAAUUGGAAGAUUUGGGCUAGGUUUUAAUUGUGUCUAUCAUUUUACAGAUAUCCCCACAUUUGUUUCUGGGGAAAACAUCGUUAUGUUUGAUCCUCAUGCUCAUAAUUUACCUGGGAUCUCCCCGUCCCACCCUGGCCUACGAAUUAGAUUUGUGGGUAGAAGAAUUUUGGAACAAUUUCCUGAUCAAUUUUCUCCAUACUUGCACUUUGGUUGUGAUUUACAGCAUCCAUUUCCUGGUACAUUAUUCCGUUUCCCACUUAGGACUGAGAGUGUUGCUUCCCGAAGCCAAAUAAAGAAAGAAGCAUAUGCUGCUGAAGAUGUCAUCUCUCUUUUUACUUCUUUUUCUGAGGUUGUGUCUGAUGCUCUGCUUUUUCUGCGUUUUGUGAAAACUAUCUCUGUUUUUGUGAAGGAGGGACCUGGACAUGAAAUGCAGCUUAUACAUCGUGUGGACAAACGCUGCAUUAGUGAUCCUGAAAUCCAAUCCAAUGCACUACAGGACAUGUUCAGCUUUAUUAAUGGAAAACAGCAUAGUGGGAUGGAUAAAGAUCUGUUCCUGAAGAAAUUGAGCAAUUCCAUGGAUGGAAAUUUGCCAUAUAAAUGGCAAAAGAUUGUUACUACAGAGCACAGUUCAUCUGGCGAUGUAUCGCAUUGUUGGAUGACCACUGAAUGUAUAGGUGGUGGGCGAGCUAAAAGCUCUUCUGUAGCAUCUAAUGAUAAGUUCCAUAAUUUCAUCCCUUGGGCAUGUGUUGCUGCAUAUUUACAUUCUGUCAAGGUUGAUAAGAAAUUGAAUGUCCCAAAGACAGAGGAUUCUUUUACUCCUGAUUUGUUUCAGCUUCCUACAGCUUCCACUCAAAACAGGAAGGAUUUUGAAGGCCGUGCCUUCUGUUUUUUACCACUGCCAAUUAGCACUGGUCUUCCAGCACAUAUUAACGCUUAUUUUGAAUUGUCUUCAAAUCGUAGGGACAUCUGGUUUGGUAAUGACAUGGCAGGUGGUGGAAAAAAACGGUCAGACUGGAAUAUUUACAUCCUUGAAGAUGUUGUUGCCCCUGCUUAUGGUCAUCUGCUUGAGAAAGUUGCACUGGAGAUUGGCCCUUGUGAUUUGUUCUUUUCAUUAUGGCCAACAACAGGAUUAGAACCUUGGGCAUCAGUUGUACGGAAACUCUACAAUUUUGUUGCUGAUUUUGGUGUUCGUGUAUUAUUUACCAAAGCUAACGGGGGGCAGUGGAUUUCAACCAGGCAAGCUAUCUUUCCUGAUUUUACUUUCCACAAGGCACAUGAUCUUGCUCAAGCAUUGUCAGAUGCUGGUCUACCUCUUGUAAUUGUUUCUCAGCCACUGGCAGAGAGAUUUAUGGAAUUUUGCCCUACAUUGCAUUUCCUUACACCACAGUUCUUAAGGACUUUGUUGAUUCGGAGAAAACGUGGAUUUAUGGACCGGAAUGCAAUGAUAUUGACCCUUGAAUAUUGCUUGCUUGACUUAAAAGUACCUAUUCAGUUUGAUAGCCUGUGUGGUUUACCAUUGUUACCUCUUGCCGAUGGUUCAUUUACAACAUUUGACAAGAAAGGUUUUGGUGGAAGAAUCUAUAUUGCACAGGGGGACGAGUAUGGUCUUCUCAAGGAUUCAGUUCCAAAUCAACUAGUAGAUGGCAGAAUCCCUGAAUUAGUUCAUGGGAAGCUAUGUGACAUAGCCUUUGGUGAAAACUCAAAUAUUUCCUUUCUAUCAUGCCCUCUGCUGGAGAAACUCUUUUUGAAAUUACUUCCAGCAGAGUGGCAGCAUGCAAAACAGGUCACUUGGACCCCCGGGCAUGAGGGCCAUCCAAGUUUAGACUGGAUAAAACUUCUGUGGGGUUAUCUGAAGUCAUCGAGUGAUAACCUCUCUGUGUUUUCUAAGUGGCCUAUUCUGCCUGCUGGGAGUAAUUUUCUCUUGCAACUAGUUGAAAAUUCAAAUGUAAUUAAAGAUACUGGGUGGAGUGAGAACAUGUCCUCUCUGUUGCUGAAAGUAGGAUGUCUAUUCUUGAGGCGUGACCUGCCAAUAGAUCAUCCACAGUUGGAAAGGUUUGUGCAGCCACCAACGGCAACUGGAAUAUUAAAUGCGUUUCUGGCAAUUGCUGGUAAGCCAGAGAACAUUGAGGGGCUUUUUGAUGAUGCAUCAGAAGGGGAGCUGCAUGAACUUCGGAGUUUUAUUCUUCAGUCCAAAUGGUUCUGUGAAGAGCAAAUGGAAAACAUACAUAUUGAAAUCAUCAAAUGCCUACCUAUGUUUGAGUCGUAUAGAAGUAGAAAGCUAGUAAGUUUGAGUAAACCUAUCAAAUGCCUUAAACCCAGUGGUGUACGUGAGGUUCUUUUGAAUGAUGAAUUUGUACGCACAGAAUCAGAAAAGGAAAGAAUCAUUUUAAGAAGGUAUUUGGAGAUUAAAGAACCCUCUAUGGUGGAACUCUACAAAGAUUAUGUGCUCAACCACAUGUCUGAGUUUGUUUCACAGCAGGAAGCAUUUACAGCCAUUUUACAUGAUGUGAAACUUUUGAUUGAAGAUGAUAUUACUAUCAUACCUGUACUUUCUGCAACACCUUUUGUUUUGGCAGCAAAUGGAUCUUGGAAACAACCAUCCAGGCUUUAUGAUCCUCGUGUUCUUGAGCUACAAAAGAUGCUGCACAGAGAAGUUUUCUUCCCUUCUGACAGAUUCUCAGAUCCUGAAACUUUGGAGAUAUUAGUAAGCCUUGGACUCAGAAAAACUCUUGGUUUUUCUGGUCUACUUGAUUGUGCCAGAACGAUUUCUCUAUGGCAUGAUUCUGGGGAUUCAGAGACACACUAUUCUGGAAAGAAGUUGCUUUUCUGCUUAGAUUCUCUGGCAUUAAAGCUCUCAACUGAGGAAGGGGCAGGAAAUAGGGAUGGAUCAGAGGAUACCUUGUUAUUGGAUGAAAACAGUAAUUCUAUGGAUGUUGAUUCUUCCAUGAGAGAUAAGAACUAUUAUAUAGAGGAUUUUGACACUAGUUCAGUUGUAGGCAUCAGGAUUGAUGAUAAACCAGAAGAGGAAUUUUGGUCUGAAAUGAAAUCUAUUGCUUGGUGUCCUGUUUCUUCAGAUCCACCUCUAAAAGGACUCCCAUGGUUAAAAUCUGUUAAUCAAGUAGCACCCCCAACCAUAGUCAGACCUAAAACACAGAUGUGGAUGGUGUCGUGUUCAAUGCAUAUACUAGAUGGCGAAUGCUGCUCAUCUUACCUACAACAUAAACUUGGUUGGGUGGAUCACCCAGCCAUAGAUGUUUUAUCCACCCAGUUAAUUGAGCUAUCAAAGGUCUAUGACCAGCUUAAGUUGCAUUCUUUUGUGGAACCUGGUUUUGAUGCAGCACUGCAAAAAGGGAUACCGUCACUUUAUUCAAAAUUGCAAGAAUAUAUCGGUACUGAGGUUUUCAUGGUGCUAAAGUCAGCUUUAAAUGGUGUUUCCUGGGUUUGGAUUGGGGAUGAUUUUGUAUCCCCAAAUGCACUUGCAUUUGAUUCGCCUGUGAAAUUUUCUCCUUAUUUGUAUGUUGUUCCAUCUGAAUUGUCGGAAUUUAGAGUUCUGCUUUUGGAAUUAGGUGUCAGACUUAGUUUUGAUAUUUGGGACUAUUUUAAUGUAUUACAGCGCUUGCAGAAUGAUGUGAAAGGUUUCCCACUGUCCACAGAUCAGUUAAGUUUUGUCCAUUGUGUCCUUGAAGCUGUUGCAGACUGUUGCUUGGACAACCCAUUGUUUGAGGCUUCGGAGACUCCAGUCUUAAUUCCAGAUUCUUCUGGAGUUCUGAUGCUUGCACGAGAUGUUGUUUACAAUGAUGCACCAUGGAUGGAGAGUCAUAAUCUUGCUGGAAAACAUUUUGCACAUCCAAGUAUCAGCAAUGAUCUCGCAAACAGGUUGGGGGUACAGUCACUGCGCUGCCUCUCUUUAGUUGAUGAAGAAAUGACUAAAGAUUUGCCAUGCAUGGACUAUUCUAGAAUAAAUGAUCUUAUGGUGUUGUACGGGAACAGUGAUUUCUUGUUGUUCGACCUUCUUGAGUUGGCAGAUUGCUGCAAAGCCACGAAGCUACACCUAAUCAUUGACAAGAGGGAACAUCCUUGCCAGUCUUUGCUGCAGCACAAUCUAGGAGAAUUUCAAGGGCCUGCUCUAGUGGCCAUUUUGGAAGGUGUUAGCUUGAGUAGGGAGGAACUUUGUAGCCUCCAGCUUCUUCCUCCAUGGAAACUACGGGGAGAUACUCUUAACUAUGGUUUGGGACUGCUUAGCUGUUAUUUCGUCUGUGAUCUCCUCUCAAUUAUUUCUGGUGGGAACUUUUAUAUGUUUGAUCCUCAUGGUCUGGUGCUAGCUCUACCUUCAGCAUCAGCUCCUGCAGCAAAAAUGUUUUCACUGAUAGGUACUAAUUUGACUCAGCGAUUUAGUGAUCAAUUUAGUCCUAUGAUGAUUGGUCAAAAUAUGUCAUGGUCGUCAUCAGAUUCCACCAUUAUCCGCAUGCCUCUGUCACCAGAAUGCAUGAAAGAUGGACUUGAGAGUGGAUUAAAAAGAAUAAAGCAAAUAACUGACAGAUUUUUGGAGCAUGCAUCUAGAACACUUCUAUUCUUAAAGUCAAUUCUACAGGUAUCACUCUCAACAUGGGACAAAGGAAACCCACAGCCAUGUCAGGAUUAUUCGGUUUUUGUUGAAUCAUCAUCUGCUAAUAUGAGGAAUCCUUUCUCAGAAAAGAAGUGGAGGAAGUUCCAAAUAUCAAGGUUAUUUGGAAGCUCAAGCGCUGCAAUAAAAUUGCACAUAAUAGAUGUGAACAUUUUCCAAGGAGGAACUAAAGUUGUUGAUCAAUGGCUUGUUGCCCUCAGCCUGGGUUCUGGGCAAACAAGAAACAUGGCUCUUGAUAGGCGAUAUCUGGCAUACAACUUGACUCCUGUUGCUGGAGUUGCAGCACAUAUUUCCCGAGAUGGCCAUCCAACUGAUGUUUAUUUAACAAGUUCCAUGAUGUCUCCUCUUCCUUUGUCUGGUGCGGUAGAUAUUCCUGUCACUGUCUUCGGAUGUUUCCUUGUGUGUCAUAAUCGAGGUCGUUUUCUCUUUAAACAUCAAGACCAGCAAGCUUUGGUAGUGGCACAGCCUGAUCCUGGAAAUCACUUAAUUGAAGCUUGGAACAGAGAACUGAUGGCUUGUGUUCGUGAUUCCUACAUUGAAAUGAUACUGGAAAUCCAAAAGAUAAGACGGGACCCUUUGAGUUCUGCAAUUGAGUCAAAUGCAGCUUAUGCAAUUAGUCUGUCUUUGAAGGCCUAUGGAGAUCAAAUUUAUUCCUUCUGGCCGAGGACUAGCAAGCACACCUUGAUUAAUCAAAGUGGCAAUGGAAAAAAUUCAGUUUCAACAGAGAUGCUAAAAGCGGAUUGGGAAUGCCUAAUUGAACAGGUAAUAAAGCCUUUCUAUGUUCAUACUAUCAAUCUUCCUGUGUGGCAGCUGUACUCGGGAAAUUUAGUCAAGGCCGAAGAGGGGAUGUUUCUUUCACAACCAGGGAAUGGGGUGGGUGAUAAUUUGCUUCCAGGUACAGUUUGCAGCUUUGUGAAGGAGCAUUAUCCAGUAUUUUCAGUACCAUGGGAGUUGGUAACUGAGAUACAAGCCGUGGGGGCAACAGUUCGAGAAAUUAAGCCUAAGAUGGUUCGAGAUCUUCUUAGGGCUUCUUUAACAUCUAUUGUUCUUCGAUCAGUUGAUACUUAUGUGGAUGUUCUUGAGUAUUGCUUGUCGGAUAUUCAGCUCCCAGUAACAUCUAAUUUUAAUGAAGAUGAUGCAUCACCUAACCCUGUUAACUCCAAUUCUAUUAAUAGGGCAUCUGCUUUAGUCCCUUAUGGGCGUAGUUUUCCUGGGUUGUCUACUGAGGGUGCAGUUAGCUCUGGAGAUGCUCUUGAAAUGGUGACAAGUUUGGGGAAGGCUAUACUUGAUUUUGGCCGGGUAGUUGUUGAAGACAUUGGUAGAACUGGAGGGCCAUUAGUUCAAAGGAAUACCAUUGGUAGUAGCAGUAAUAGCAGCAGUGGAAGUGUAAACCAGAAGCUUUUAUCAAUAGUUGCUGAGCUUAAUGGUUUACCAUGUCCAACUGCAACAAAUCAUCUAACAAAGUUGGGGGUUACUGAACUUUGGUAUGGAGACAAGGAGCAGCAGGCACUAAUGAGUCCUUUAGCAGCAAAGUUUAUCCAUCCCAAGAUAUUGGAUAGAUCAAUCUUGGCUGAUUUUCUUUCAAAUCCUACUCUUCAGACAUUAUUAAAAAUACAGAAUUUUUCUCUUCACUUACUUGCCAGUCAUAUGAAGCUGAUUUUCCAUGCUAACUGGGUGAGUAAUGUAAUGAGUUCAAAUAUGGCUCCUUGGUUCUCGUGGGAGAAAACAUCAAGUUCUGGUGGUGAAGGCGGCCCUUCCCCUGAAUGGAUAAGACUCUUUUGGAAAAUUUUCAGUUCAUCUCCAAAAGACCUCUCUCUCUUUUCUGAUUGGCCCUUGAUUCCUGCUUUUCUUGGUAGGCCAAUCUUAUGCCGUGUAAGGGAGUGUCAUUUGGUCUUCAUUCCACCGUCAGUUACUGAUCCAGGCUCAGCAGAUGGUGUCUUGGAAAUGGGUGCAACAGAAAGAGAUCCAGCAAUGUUACUGAUGAAUCUCACUUCUGAUUCUAGAUUACUUCAGUCCUAUGUUUUGGCUUUUGAAGUAUCCAGAACCAAAUACCCUUGGUUGUUGUCACUGUUGAACCACUGUAAUAUACCCAUUUAUGAUAUAACUUUCAUGGACUGUGCUGCUUCAUGCAAUUGCCUCCCCAUUCCUUCCCAAUCAUUAGGGCAAGUUAUUGCUUCCAAGCUUGUGGCAGCUAAACAAGCUGGCUAUUUCCCAGAACUUACUUCCCUUUCGACUUCAGAUCGAGAUGAACUUUUUACCCUUUUUGCUAAUGAUUUCUUUUCUAAUAGCUCUAAUUACAAAAAUGAAGAACUUGAAGUUUUGUGUUCUCUACCUAUAUAUAAAACAGUUGUGGGAUCAUACACACGCUUGCACAGAGAAGAUCAAUGUAUGAUCUCUUCAAAUUCAUUCCUUAAACCAUAUGAUGAGCACUGCCUCGCUUAUUCCACAGAUUCAAUUGAAUGUUCAUUACUUCGAGCACUUGAGGUACCUGAGUUGAAUGAUCAACAAAUUCUGACAAGGUUUGGGUUGCCUGGAUUUGAGAGAAAACCUCAGUCUGAACAGGAGGAUAUAUUAAUUUAUCUUUACACGAAUUGGCAAGAUCUUCAGGUUGAUUCUUCUUUAAUUGAAGCUUUGAAGGAGACUAAAUUUGUGAGGAAUGCUGUUGAAUUUUCAACAGAUCUGUUUAGACCCAAGGAUCUCUUUGAUCCCACUGAUGCUUUAUUAACAUCUGUUUUCAUUGGUGAGAGAAAAAACUUUCCAGGAGAAAGGUUCAGUACAGAUGGGUGGCUUCGCAUUUUGAGGAAAGUUGGCCUUCGAACUGCAACCGAAGCAGAUGUAAUACUUGAAUGUGCCAAAAGAGUAGAGUUUCUUGGAAGUGAAUGCAUGAAAUCUGGGAAUUUGGAUGAUUUUGAGUUGGACAUAACCAACUCUCAAAAUGAAGUGUCUAUGGAAAUAUGGUCAUUAGCAGGAUCUGUAGUUGAAGCAAUUUUCACAAACUUUGCUGUACUUUAUGGAAACAACUUCUGUAAUCUCCUUGGCAAUAUUGCAUGCAUACCUGCUGAACAUGGCUUGCCAAAUUUUGGAGGCAAGAAAGGUGGCAGGAGGGUGCUCACUCCAUAUAGUGAAGCGAUUCUGUCAAAGGAUUGGCCUCUAGCUUGGAGUUGUGCUCCCAUUCUCUCUAGACAGGCUAUUGUUCCUCCUGAGUACUCUUGGGGAGCAUUACACCUCAGGAGCCCUCCAGCUUUUUCCGCAGUUCUAAAACACUUGAAGAUUAUUGGAAGAAGCGGUGGUGAAGAUACGCUUGCUCAUUGGCCAACUACUUCAGGCAUGAUGUCCAUUGAUGAGGCUUGUUGUGAAGUUUUAAAAUAUUUGGAUAAGGUUUGGGGUUCCCUUUCUUCUUCAGAUAUAAUGGAGUUGCAGAGAGUGGCAUUUCUGCCUGCUGCAAAUGGAACGCGUUUGGUGAAGGCAAACUCUCUUUUUGUGCAUCUGACAAUUAACUUGUCCCCAUUUGCAUUUGAACUUCCUUCUUUAUAUCUUCCUUUCGUAAAGAUUCUCAAGGAUUUGGGACUUCAGGAUGUUCUAUCAGAUGCUUCUGCAAAAGAACUCCUUUUAAAUCUUCAGAAAGCUUGUGGAUAUCAGCGUUUAAAUCCAAAUGAACUCCGUGCCGUGAUGGAAAUUUUGGACUUUGUCUGUGAUGAGACUGUUGAGUCUAAUUGUUCUAUCUGGAAAUCAGAAGCAAUAGUCCCAGAUGAUGGCUGCAGACUUGUGCAUGCAAAAUCCUGUGUAUAUAUUGAUGCUUUUGGCUCCCAAUAUGUCAAAUGCAUCAACACUUCCAGGUUAAGAUUCGUUCACCCAGAUCUUCCAGACAGAAUAAGUACAGUCCUGGAUAUCAAAAAGCUUUCUGAUGUAGUCAUAGAGGAACUAGAUCCUGGGGAACAUUUAGAGACUUUGGAAUACAUUGGAUUGGUUCCACUUGCAGCCAUCAGAGAGAAGCUUUUAAGCAGAUCAUUUCAGUUUGCUGUACAGACUGUUGUAAAUAGUAUGGCUGGUCACAUUGCUGCAAUUAGUAGUUUAACUUUAGAAACCAUACAAAAUUCACUAGAAUCUGUUGCAGCGAAGCUGCAGUUUGUUAAGUGCCUCCAUACUCAUUUUUUGCUCCUUCCAAACUCUGUCAGCAUUACAAGUACAACUAAGGAUUCCAUGAUUCCAGAGUGGGAGGAUGACUCCCAACAUCGAACCCUUUACUUUGUUAGCAGGUCAAAUGCCUGUUUUCUAGUCGCUGAACCGCCAGCCUAUAUAUCCAUUUUUGAUGUUGUUGCAAUUGUUGUGAGCCAGGUUUUAGGCUCUCCAACCCCAUUACCCAUCGGAUCUUUAUUGUCCUGUCCUGUAGGCUGUGAAUCUGCAAUUAUUGAUGUUUUGAAGCUUUGUACUGAGAAGAAAGAACCCACAAGUGGAAUCGCUAGUUUGAUAGGCAUGGAAAUAUUGCCUCAAGAUGCUCUACAAGUACAAUUUCACCCAUUAAGACCUUUUUAUGCUGGAGAAAUAGUGGCAUGGCGAUCUCACAAUGGAGAAAAGUUGAAAUAUGGUCGGGUUCCAGAGGAUGUUAGGCCAUUUGCAGGCCAAGCACUAUAUAGAUUCAAAGUGGAAAUUGCACCAGGGCUGACUCAGCCUCUUAUUUCUUCACAAGUUUUCUCAUUCAGGAGCAUAUCAAUGGGAAAUGAUGCUUCCUCAGAAACCUUGCUGAAUAGUUCCCACACAGUAAUUGAUAGCAGGACUCAAAUUGAGGUGCCUGAAAGUUCUGGUGGGGGAAGACCAAGAUCCCAGCUGCAGCCUGGUAAAGAACUUCAGUUUGGCAGAGUCUCAGCUGCAGAACUGGUGCAGGCAGUUCAUGAGAUGCUUUCUGCAGCUGGGAUCAACAUGGAUGUGGAGCAGCAAUCUCUAUUGCACAGAACCAUAACCUUGCAAGAACAAUUACAGGAGUCUCGGGCAGCACUUCUACUUGAGCAGGAAAAGGCUGAUGUUGCUGCAAAAGAAGCUGAUUCAGCAAAGGCGGCAUGGAUUUGUCGAGUUUGUUUGAGUGCUGAAGUCAAUAUGACAAUAGUUCCCUGUGGCCAUGUACUUUGUCGUAGAUGCUCUUCUGCAGUUUCCAAGUGUCCAUUUUGUAGGCUCCAGGUCACAAAAACUAUGAGAAUUUUUCGGCCCUGACAACCCCCGAUUCCUUGGAAAGGGGGUGUGUUCUUAUAUAUUAGUGUUAGAGAUUAAUGUCUAUAAAACUGGGAUCUUCUCACCUCAUUUUUACAGAAGGUGUGACGUGAUGUGCAAGACUUUGGGGGAAAAUGACUGAAGCAGGCGAAGUUAAUUUCCCUCAGUUUAAUUGAGGAACUGAUUCUCAAUUUGUUUAUAUUAAUAGAAUUUGUAGCUAUGUUUUUUCAAUGUUAUUUGUUCAUUCUGUCCCUUGCAUAUAGUAUAGUGGCGUUAUUUGUCAAUGUAAGAAACUGGAAAUUGAUGCCUUGUAUAGUUAAAAUUAUUGACUAAUCGAAGCAUUUGGUGUACAUAAACCCACCAAUACUAUGCA